AUGCUAUCCUCCAAAAGAACCAAAAUAAGAUUAUCUUCUUGCCAACCAUCAUUCCUGUUAUCAGCGGAAAUACUUGCCAAUAAUGAAGACCUCUUAGCUGAAAUUCUUCUCCGUCUUCCCAUCAAAUCCCUCCUCAAAUUCAAGUGUGUAUCCAAGAAUUGGCUUUCUCUCAUAUCGAACCCUCGCUUCUCUCACCGCCGCAACGACAACUCCCCCUGUUGUGGUCUUUUUCUGGUUGAGUGUGGUUCACCGUAUGCUGAAUACCAAUUUGUUGCUCUUGAUUCCAGCCACUCUAAAGCUCCUUUUAAACACUUGACUUUUGUUAAUGAUCCAUCAGAAAUCGAACUCAUUCAAUCUUGUAAUGGAUUGUUGCUGUGUCGUAGUUUUCGUCCAAGUGGACCUGACAGAACUUACUACGUUUACAAUCCUACUACCAAGCAAUACACUAUACUUCCUCGACUGCGUCGCGUUUUAGGUGCUGCUUUAGCUUUUGAUCCUUCCAAUUCACCUCAUUACAAAGUGAUUUGUGUACGUAAACGUAGAUCUUUACAACAUCAUUAUCAGAUAGAGAUUUAUUCAUCAAACAAUGGUCCGUGGAGGGUUUCUGGUACUCCUUUUACCGCAGAAGACCAAAUGGUAUUCAAGAGCGGGGUCUUCUGUAAUGGAGUUAUUCACUGGCUCAAUGUUUCAGGUGGUACUUUAUUAUGUUUUGAUGUUGAUGGAGAACAGCUUAAAGAAACGCCAAUGCCUCCGGCUCCUCAAAUUGAUGAUGGUUUGGAACAGAGACAAGUUUGGUAUUUUGGAGAAUCUCAGGGGCGCUUGCAUCUUGUUGAGCUUCCCCCUCAAGCUACUACACAACUUGAUGUGCAUGAGAUGAGGGCAGACUGCUCCGGAUGGUUUGUAAAGUGCCGCAUCGAUCUUGAUGCAAUUGCUGGUGCAUUUCCAGAGAUGAUUAUGAGCUCGUCUCCCAACUUCUGGGAGGUGACUAGUUAUGCUUUUGAGAUCCUGGUUUUUGUUAGGGGAGAAAGAGAGGAGAACUCGUUCUCCGUGCUGCUGCACAUUCCAGGAAAAGUUAUACGCUAUGACUUCAAGGAUAAGAGUUCGACGACGCUUUGUGACUUUAAUCCGACGGUAGAGGGAUUGGAUUUUGGGCCGGAGAAUGAAUCGAACUUCGUAAUGUUUGACGUUUAUCAGUAUAUUGAGAGUCUUUCCUGUGUUUGA